AUGGCUUCAGGUUUCAGCAACAACGAAGGUUCCACCACAAUCGAAUCAACAUCUUCGGUGAUCGAUCCCCAGCCUCAAAAUCACCAAUUUCACAACAUUUAUUCCAACCAUGAUGCUCAGAAGGAGUCCUUCUCGGGAGGAACCAGCUCGUCGUCGAUACUGAAGCCACAAGUGUCCAAUUUGACAAGGACGUUAUUGUCCCAGCCUCAAAGUCAGCAGCAGCAGCAGCCAGAACAACUACCAAACCAUGAAGGCCAGCAACACAUGGCGUUGCAUUCGGCCGAGGACACCGACGUUUUAGCAGGCGUGGGGUAUGGAAGCGAUUCCAACUGCUCCAGAGAUGAAUCGCAAUCGCCCUUUAGUGCAAGAAAAUCUGGUGCAUUUCCCCAGCAGAUCCCAACUACAACUACGCAAAACUCAUACAACUACAUCCCUUCCACUCACAACACCCCUACUGCUAUUUGCUCGUCGUAUACGUCGAACCACUCCCAGAACUCGUCAUUACCACUGAACAACUUUAUUACCACAACAGCACCUCACUCGUAUGGAGAUCGUCAUGGUGGGUUUUCGUCGAGCAGUUUCCGACCAAACACAGUGCCGUAUGCGUUCCCCACCACCACAGUCCACACUGACACAGCGAUACCGAAUAGAUUUUCGACAACUGGAUCUACAUUUAGCCAACCUUCACAACUGCUAAACCUGGCGCCUUUCUCGAUCCCGAACCAGUUCCAACCUCCCAUGAUUCACCACCCAACGACAUCAAAUGCUCAACAGCAACGAAUUCCCAGCUCACUUCCUGCAUACCAUCAGUUUGGUCAAGCUUACGGUUCCAAUCCACACCACCAGCAUCAACAGCCUCCUUAUUUGAAUAGGCUUCAUCUGUUGUUAUCGCAAGAUAAGCUGCAAGGAGUUGCCUCUGGCGGUAGCACUCGAAAUUCGAUACCUAUUCCUCAACUAACAUCUGGAAAUGACCAAAGUGCAAGAUUGGCUCUUCCACAAAGCAACUCACUCAACCAAACGUCACCUUUUUUUGAUACCAACCCGGCUCAACAACAGCAGCAGCAACGAGAACAGCAGCAGCAGAAGCAGGCACAAGAACAACAGCAGCAACCUUACAAACAACCAGAACCAGACCAUCGUAUGACGUACAAUGAGUUUUUGCUGGAACUCAACCGUAAAGCUGCUGCCGAAAAUGGGAUAGGCUCGAAUGAAGAACAUUUGAAUAUAGUUGAUUUCCCGGUAAAUGACCUAAUUGUGAUGCUAUCUUGCUUACUCACCAAGAUCAUUGAAGCCAAUGAUAAAUUGCAUCCGAAUCAUUUUGAAAACACCAUUGCUAUAAGACAAAAGAUUAAAGAAGAAAAGAAACUACGCAAGUCACAGAAGUUGAAAAGACAACAAAAGGAAGAACAGGGCACUGUUGUGGAUGAGGACAAGAUGGAUGAAGACCAGAGUAACGAAGCACAACGUCCCGAUGAAGCUUUCACUGUUCGAGUACACGCUGAGGACGGCAUGGACGACGACGAUAAUAACGAUGAUGAUGAUGACAACAACAACAACGGCGACAACGACGACGACGACGACGGCGAAGAUGACGAGAUGAAGAAUAAAUACUUGGCGAAUGUCUUGGCUUUCCAUGGUACAAAUAUACCUGGGAUCUCUCUACAUGCCUAUUUGGCACGUGUGCUAAAGUACUGCCCCGUUACAAAUGAAGUCUUCCUAUCGCUACUCGUUUACUUUGAUAGAAUUGCUAAAAAGGCCAAUAAUCUCAACCAAAAGAGGAAAAGCCAUGCUCAUGGCAAUAGCAAUAACAACCAGAACAACCAGAACAACAACGGUAUCCGCAGUCAACAAGGUGACAAAAAAACUGAACACGAAGAAGAAGAAGACAAUGUGUCGUCUUUGGAAGCCGAACAGCUAUUCGUCAUGGACUCAUACAACAUCCAUCGGUUGAUAAUCAGCGGCAUCACAGUCUCGUCCAAGUUUUUUCUGGACAUCUUUUACAAGAACUUGAGAUAUGCCAAAGUCGGAGGAUUGCCCUUGGAAGAAUUAAACUAUUUGGAAUUGCAGUUUUUGCUCUUGUUGGAUUUCAAGUUGAUGAUUAGCGUUGAAGAGCUUCAGAACUAUGGCGAUUUGUUAUCGAGAUUCUGGAAAAGAGAGCAAGUAGCCCACGGCAAUUCUGGAGCUGGUGCCACCAUUGGCGGCGGUGCUGGUGGGGGUACUGAUGUCCCCGUUGCCCAAAGCGGUGAAGUUAAAAGUUGA